CGGGUCCCACGAUGCCUGGGGUGAUUUGGCUAUCUCACCUGCUAGUGGUGUUACUCCCGGAGGCUCUGCUAGGGGCUGUCUGGCUGGGGGCCACCAUGCUCUUCUGGUGUCAGGCUCCAGCACGGAGCAGGAUCCCAAGGGCGCAGAAGCGUAGGGAGGAGGCUCUGAGGAGGAUGGCAGCCCUGGCAGAACGUCUCCGGCAGCAAGAGCCAGAGCUGGACCCCAAGCCCAUUCUGGAGCUGCCGCUGGAGAAGCUGGUCCAGAAGCUGCUUGCUGAUGAGCUGAGUUUGGAGAGUGUCCUCUGCAGCUACCUAGAGGAGGCAAUGAAGGUACACCAGGAGGUGAAUUGCCUGACAGAUUUCCUAGAUGAAUGUGAGGAACAGUUGCAGGCAUUGAAGAAACUCAAGAAGAGUGAGCGAGGACUCCUCUAUGGAGUCCCCAUCAGCCUCAAGGACGUCUAUGACUGCAUGGGCCAUGACUCUACGUGUGGCCUGGCCCAGUUCCUGGAGAAGCCGGCAGCCAAGGACGGAGUCAUCGUGAAAGUGUUAAAGGCUCAGGGAGCUAUUCCCUUUGUUAAGACCAACAUCUCCCAGACGCUACUCAGCUUUGAUUGCAGCAACCCCAUCUAUGGACAGACUCUGAACCCUCAGAACUUAAAGAAGACAUCUGGGGGCUCCUCAGGGGGUGAAGGAGCUCUCCUGGCAAAAGGGGGUUCCAUCCUGGGCAUGGGUACUGACACCGGAGGCAGUAUCCGUAUUCCAGCCAGCUUUUGUGGUGUCUGUGGUAUCCGGGUCACAGGAUACCGCCUCAGCAACUCCGGAGUUGCCUCUGCUGUCAAGGGCAGGAAAACAGUGAUCACAGUGACUGGCCCCUUGGCCUGGGACGUGGAGAGCCUGGCACUGUGCCUGCGAGCACUGCUGAGUGAACACAUGCACCGACUGGACCCCACCGUGCCCUUCCUGCCCUUCAGGGAGGAGGUGUACUCCAGUAACCGUCCCCUUCGAAUUGGCUACUAUGAAUCAGAUGGCUUCACCCAGCCAUCACCUAGCAUGGCCAGGGCCGUGAAGCUCACAUCCAGGCUGCUCCGGGAUGCAGGACACCAGGUCAUCCCCUUCUCUGUCCCCCGAACAGAGUAUGCCUUCUUUCACCUGUUCCUAGGGAGUCUGUCUGCUGAUGGAGGGGCCAGCCUUCUGGAGAAACUUAAGGGAGACAUUGUGGACCCCUCCAUGAAGAACACAGUCACCUCUCUCAGGUUGCCAGACUCACUCAAACGUUUCCUGGCCUGGAUCUGGAAGUAUAUCGAGCCCCGGGUUAGCCAGGGUUUAGAAACGAUGUGUGGAGUAGGGACACCCAAGAAACUGUGGGAGCUGCACACAGCAGUGGAGGAAUAUCAGCAAGAAUUCAUAGCCAAGUGGAGGUCCCUGGAUCUGGAUGUGCUGCUGUCUCCAGCACUGGACCCCGCCUUCUUUGUUGGCUAUCCUGCCAAGACACAAGGCGGUGAGAGGAUCUGUGGGGCUUUCGGUGGCUGUGCAGUGCAUCGCUUUGCCAUGGGAAGAGGAACUGUGUCUCCGGUUCAUGAAGGAGGUGGAGACCUUAGUCAAGAACAAGAUGGAACCCAAGUGAUAAGACACUCCUCCUCCUGGAGGUCUUUCUACAUCCUCAUCCAAGUCUGCUCUCAAUGUUCCUUCCUUCUCAUGAAUACCAGAUCCACCUUAUUUCUCCUCCUCCUGGAAGCCCACCAGAAGUUUUCUUUGUUGUCCCUCUGUGUGGCUGCUUAGUACACAGACUUCCCAGAUUAUCCCAGCAUGGGGAGCAGGGUGACGUGUUCAAUAAACAUUUUGACGGGC